AUGGCGGAGCCGCGUCAGAUCGUGGUUGCGAUGGAUGCUCGCGAGGGGAGCCGCGACGCGUUCUACUGGGCGUUAGAGAAUUUGAUAAAGCCGGAGGACCACGUCACGCUCCUUAAUGUCCGACCCACCCGCGCCACAAUUCUUCCCACGCGCACGGAUUUGUCAGCAUCAUCAGGAGGGCAGGGCGACGACGACGAUGGGUACAUGCUGGCCAUGGAGCAGAUUCUUAAUGACGUCAUUCACAAGGCGCAUGAACGCUUCCCUGGCCUCAAGGUGGACAAGGCCAUCAAGUCGGGCGACCCCAAGCACCUCAUUCUGGACGAGGUGGUCAUCAGAGACGCAGCAGCGCUGGUCAUGAGCUCCAGGGGGCUCAGCCCGGUGCAGAGGGCCUUCCUUGGCUCAGUCAGCGACUACUGCUCUCGCAAUGCAGAGUGUCCGGUGAUUGUUGUGAGAGGCAAAUCAGCCCACUGA